UGCAUUUUCAGGGGCGUUCUGUUUUGGGGAUUUCAGUGGUUUGUUUAUUGAUUUGAUAUCGGUGUAUGUUGCAGUUCAGCUUUUUAAAACAUAUACAGGUCAUCAUAUAUCGCUGCUAAAAUGUCACAGACAAAUCCUGCAAGUGCCCUACAAUCAGCAACAAAAACAUGGGAUCUAACUCCUUACGAACUUCAACGAACGCCACAGGAAGUCAUCACAGACAACACAGAGAUUGCAGUUUCUCCUCGUAGUCUUCAUAAUGAACUUAUGUGUCCAAUAUGUCUUGAUAUGCUUCGUAACACAAUGACAACAAAAGAAUGUCUUCAUCGAUUUUGUGCUGAAUGCAUAACGACAGCAUUGAGAAGUGGUAACAAAGAAUGUCCAACGUGUCGCAAGAAGUUGGUAUCACGACGAUCACUCAGACCUGACCCAAAUUUUGAUGCUUUGAUAUCAAAGAUUUAUCCAUCUCGAGAUGAGUAUGAGAAACAUCAAGAAAGAAUGCUACAAAGUCUCACAAAACAUCACAAUGGUGGAGCUCUGAGUGCAAGUGUAGAAGAAGGCUUGAAAUCACAAGCAAUGAGCAGAUUGCAGAAAAUAAGAAAACAAGACAAUUUCUUAGCAGCGAAAGCAUGUGAGAAUGCCAAGAAAAACAUUUCAAAACACUCUACGACUAAAGUCGAAAGUCCAAAAGGUCUACCAUCCGACUCAAUUCAUCCGCCGCCAAGCAAGAAAUUACAUCUCUCUGAUAAAACAAAUGCAUAUUCUGAUAAACCAGCUGCUGGAAAUGAGAAUGAGAUACCUACUACAAGCAACAAUACUCCAAAUGUUGAUGACACAACGACAACAGAUUCAGAUGAUUCUGUAGAUUUAUCUUCUGUAGAAUUAAUACUCAAACCUCAUCCCGAUCAGAAAGGUUCUGAAGCUGAAAAUCUUGUCAGGUAUAUAAAAACGUCAGUUCAUGCCACUGUAAAUCAUAUGGCGGAGUUUAUCAAAGUCAGGAUAAACUUGGAAUGCAGGCAAGGUGAUGAAGAAUCCUUGCAAGAUCCCACAAAAACUAACUACGAAUAUGAAAUUUUCGUCCAUACAGAAAAUACAUACGAGCCACUGCUUCCUGACAUGGAUCUUGAGAGAGUGCAAGGAUUAUAUUGGAAAGAAAACAACCCUCUGGAAAUAUUUUAUUUGAAAAAGGAAAUAAGGCAGUGAUGCAAAAAA